GUUUGGGUGACUUCUUGUGUGAACAAGUGUUGGGAAACAAUGCCAACCGAUGAUUGUCCGUUUGAUGACUCGUUUGAGGAGUCAAUGCCUGUCGACUCUGACGAUGAGGACAGCGCUAUCUUUGACCGUUUGUUCUCCACUGACUUUGAGGACGAGUCGAUUCUUCUUCAGCUGUCGACCGAUGAAGAGUUGCCGCAAAAAGUUCUCAAUUUCCAGAACUUUUGCGCCAAAAGAGGUCUUCAAUCGGACAGCGGUUCCCAUUAUGAAUACGUUUGCGGUUUAAUUAAUUUGACGCAAAAGUUGUCACAACUCGAAGACAACGCGAUCAUUGAUUUGUGGAUCAAAUCCGACAAACAGUCGGCCAAUUGUGUGUUGACUGAAAUGUUUGAGUUUUUACCCGAUUGUUAUAUCGACGCCUCUUUACCCAAAUUCAUCGAUUUGUCUCAAAUCGAUCACACGCUACGGAUGACUUUUUAUGAAUACUUGUGUUUCGUUGUCUGCCAAUUGAUGCCAACAUUGAGUGACAAUCACUUGAGUUUUGUGGAGCAAACACUGUUCGACAACUUAUUAUCCGAAGACUAUGUGUGCCAUCAGUUGGCCGCCGAUGUCCUCUGUUUUAUCGCCAGAUUUUCUCACCCGUCGCCGCUUUGCUAUCAAUUGUGUUCAGUUUUGAUGUCUUUAUCCGUAGAUAUUGACCAUUCAUUGCUGCCCAACACCACAGCACUGCUCAACCGUUUGUUACCAUUCCUCAAGAGUUCAGAACUCGAUUAUUUGAUCCGAGACUACGAUCUGUUCACACACUCUAAGGUGUGGUGUCUUUUGAACGUUUCGCGCGUUCUCUCCCUUCAAGACAUCAGCCAAACUGUUGCCAAAUUUGAUAGACUUCGAUAUAAACAGUAG